GGAAAGAAAAUCUGACUGUGCAUGAGGGAAGGACAAACUGAGAGCAAAGAACCGACCUGAAGGCACCUCUUCAGGGGGAGCCUGAACUUUGAAGAUUUUCUUUCCUGUUGGAGACUCCAAACCAAAUAAAUAGAAAAAACUAUCCAAGAUGACUGUCACUUACUCCAGUAAAGUAGCGAAUGCGACUUUUUUUGGAUUUCAUAGGUUACUCUUCAAGUGGAGAGGCAGCAUCUACAAACUGCUGUACAGGGAAUUUAUUGUUUUUGCUGUUCUUUACACAGCAAUAAGUUUGGUGUACAGAUUGUUACUUACAGGAGCCCAAAAACGUUACUUUGAAAAAUUAUCAAUUUACUGUGACAGAUAUGCUGAACAAAUUCCAGUAACCUUUGUACUUGGGUUUUAUGUUACUCUGGUGGUGAAUCGAUGGUGGAACCAGUUUGUCAAUCUGCCCUGGCCGGACAGGCUGAUGUUCCUCAUCUCCAGCAGCGUCCACGGAAGCGACGAGCACGGGCGCAUGCUCAGGAGGACGCUGAUGCGCUACGUCAACCUCGUGUCCCUGCUCAUCUUCCGCUCGCUGAGCACAGCUGUGUACAAAAGGUUUCCGACAAUGGACCACGUGGUCGAAGCAGGUUUUAUAACAGCUGAUGAAAGGAAAUUAUUUGACCACCUCAAAUCUCCUCAUCUGAAGUACUGGGUUCCAUUCAUCUGGUUUGGAAAUCUCGCAACUAAAGCUCGGAAUGAAGGUAGAAUCCGAGACAGUGUUGAUCUGCAAUCAUUAAUGACUGAAAUGAAUCGAUACCGCUCUUGGUGCAGCCUCUUAUUUGGUUAUGACUGGGUUGGAAUUCCGCUGGUUUAUACCCAGGUCGUCACUCUUGCUGUCUACACCUUCUUUUUUGCGUGCCUGAUUGGACGCCAGUUUUUGGAUCCCACCAAAGGCUACCCGGGGCAUGACUUAGAUCUUUACAUUCCAAUCUUUACUCUCCUACAAUUCUUCUUCUAUGCAGGAUGGCUCAAGGUAGCUGAGCAGCUUAUCAACCCUUUUGGAGAAGAUGAUGAUGAUUUUGAAACUAACUGGUGCAUUGAUAGAAAUUUGCAGGUCUCUCUUUUAGCUGUGGACGAAAUGCACAUGAGCUUACCCAAGAUGAAGAAGGAUAUUUACUGGGAUGAUUCUGCGGCUCGACCACCAUACACACUGGCAGCUGCUGACUACUGCAUACCUUCAUUUCUGGGGUCAACAGUCCAAAUGGGGCUGUCUGCAUCUGAUUUCCCUGGUGAGGAGUGGCUGUGGGAUUAUGAGAAGCAUGGGCAUCGGUAUUCCAUGAUGAGAAAAGUCAAGCGGUUCCUAAGUGCCCACGAACACCCCUCCAGCCCCAAGAAGAGAAGCUAUGGGAGGCAGACCAGUGACAGCUCCGUGUUUUUCCCCCAAGUUGACCUCAGCCCAGCCAGGGAUCUGCUGGAUGUGCCCCCAAGAAACCUCUACAGAGCCUCACCCACCCUGAAGCAAUCCUACUCCCUGGAGGAGAGCCCCAAGCUGCAUUCCAGCAUGGGAGAACUGUCCACCAUCAGGGAGACCAGCCGGGCAAGCACUUUACAGAGCCUGACCCCACAGUCCAACAUGAGGUUUUCCCCCACCAAAAUGCCCCAGAUCCCCGAGGUCUUGGUCACAGCAACCACCGCACCAAUGCCCACAUCAGAUGGCCACCACCAUGACUCCACUACCUCCAUCUCGAGCUCUGAGUUUACUGGGGUUCUGCCAAGCAGUACUGGGCAGCAGGAGGACCCGGUGAGAUCAAGUCUGUCCCCAUCAGAGAAGGGGACACCUCCUAGGGGACCCAGUCCCCAGACUGUUUCAGCCAACACUGAGAGAACCGUAUUCAAAUAUGAGGAAGACCCAAAUGAUAAUGACAGGUUCCUGAAAAGGUGUAGCCUCCCAGGGUUCCUAGAGUCCAGACACACCUCCCUGCGAAACCUAAAUCCAGAUCCCAUGAGCUCUGAGCCAGCUCUUUUAGUUGACACAGAAACAUCCUCAGAGACCAGUGGGAUCCACAUUGUGGCUGGCUCUCGAGUCUCUCCUGAUACACUGUAUUUAAUGGAAAACCUGGACACCAAGGAAACAGAUAUCAUAGAGUUUAACAACAAGCAAACUGAGGAAUCACCCAAAGGAGCUCCACAAAGUUCUAGGACCUGGUUCUAGCCUAGAUUCUUACUUUCCCAAGAGUUCAGCGUGGUCCCUGAACAUAUCUGGGGGCUGGUCAGUUGUUUUUGUUUUUAAUGAUUAUACUGUAUAAGCUACUAAGAACUUUGAAGGGCAUUAUGAUCCUGACUUUUUGAAAACUGCAAAAAUCAACUGCAUUCACAUCAUCCAUCACAAAGUGACUCUCAUGGAAGUUACACAGACCACAGUGAUGUAUCUUAACCAAAUAAGGAAUCUUAAUAUAUAUAUAUGACUUAUAAAUUCAUAGAUCAUUAGCUUUGAGAAGGGCCUUCUAGAUCAUAGCCUAAUCCCCUAGACACGAAGACCCAGACGUAAAGGAGUCUCUAUUUCUUUCCUUUUUUUUCUUUCUUCUUUUCAUUAAUCAUAGACAGGAGGUAGAUCACAUAAUGCCCCAAAGACUCCUUCCUACUUAUGAUUCUUUGUUUGAGGCUUUCUCACCAUCUCACUCCUGCUUCCUGUAACUAUUACUGUUAUCAUUUCCUAAUUCUUAAGCUUCACCAGCAUCAAAAAGCUUCAUUUCUCUUCAAUUCCCUUUUACACUUUCAGGUCUUCAUUUUUCUCUCUUCCCCUUUAUUCUCUCAUCCUUUUUUUCCUUCCCUUUUCCCCAAUCUUUCUCCUUCUCUGGUGACUCAAAUCCAUCUCACCUCCCAUGUUAUACUAUUGUCUCUUGCCAACUCUGUUGCUUUUUUGCCAUGGUGUUUAAAAUAAGAGGCACUGGAAAAGCCUUCUACAAAAUAAUCAAAGAUGUCAGCAGACCCAGCCUGACGCACUUGCAGCCCCGCAGUUGAAGGGUGGCUGGUGUCCCACCACACCCUCGGCAGCCAUUGCUGUUUCUUUCUGCUUCUGCUCUUUGGUCUUGAACAUUAGAGAAAACUGAAGCCAAGAGGAUAAGACACUUGCAGAACCAAAUGCUAUGGAGCCAAAGAAUAGCAUGAUUUGAAUCUCUCUAACUCAAAAAUCUUAAGCAAAAAUCCCAGUUGUGUCACAACCUGGGACCACUGUGUAUACUACUGUAUAUAGGUUGUUUGGAACGAGGUAGGACAUUUCAGCUGGGUGGAUAACAGGGUCCAGGACUGCAUGAGGGUGGCUGUUUGCUGCGGGCCUCCCACUCUGUCUGGAAGGCCAUGCAUGCCUUGUGAGCACUGCUGUCACCCUCUGUCAUAGGCUGAAACUUGACUACAUAUGGCUUAAGAAAUAAAAUA